AUGAGUGAUUCUUCCAGCGAUGACGAUUUUGGGAAUUUUUCAGAUGCGUCUAUUGAAGAUACCCAUUUGGAAGAAGACGUAGCAUUACUGACUGGUUCUGAAGUGAUUGAAUCCAGUAUAAAUGAUCUAUUUGGUGAUGUGGAAGUAAAUGUGGGUCGUGAUGCAAUUGAGCAGGAUUGUAAACUCCAAGAUCUUUUACAUGAUGAGAGAACUCGUGUAAUAUACGAGGAGAUUUUCCAGAAUAGGUACGUUUCGCCACCUUUCAUUUGGGAAAAAUCACAUAUAAGAGCCACAAUGUUGCAUAUUCUCGGGGUUGUUGAUCCACUAACCGUACAGAACUCUACUAAGGAAGAGAACAUAGAGUUUAAACCUCUAGAUGACUCCUUAUUUUCAAAAAUUUGUAAAAUAAUUGAUGAAACUGACAGCAAAAUUAGUCCUACAAUUUUAAAAAACUCGUUCAAUAUCAAAUAUUUGCCCAAGCUGUCAACUCUUUCACAGGAGGAGGAGCAAAUGGAGCAGGAGGCCAAUAUUCCGAAUUUAUUAUCCCUAAUGACCGACAAAAAUAUCAAUUUGAAAGAUUAUCAUGAUGAGUUAUGUCAUGCCAUUGAUCUACUUUCUGUAAGGCUUAAAACGCUAAAUAAGGAGCAAGAAGAACUGGUAGAGAGUAAAUUAACUUUGGAAGGCGUUGUCACGAAUCUUUCUGGCCAUUCACAGAGGCUUCAAAGAAAUGAAAUUGCCUGGUACAAGAAAAAAACUCAACAGCAUGCUAAAUGGAAGAAAUUCAGCUGGGUUAGUCGUUGA